CCCCCGCGUGUGCACACACGCACAGGCGCCCACUUGCACCCAGGCGGCCGCGCCGGGGCCUGGGGCUGCCGGGCGGGGCCCACGCGUUAGAACGCCGAGGUCUGCGCUCCCGAGAGGACAGACUUGCAAAGCCAGGCGUGCACAUGGGGCUGCCAGCAGGAAGCCUGCGUGAAUGUGUGUUUCAUGGUGGGCAACGCUGGAGCCCACGCCCGCACCUCUGAGAGCUGGAGCCGCAGCUCUGGUUUGGGGGGUGGGAGGGCGGUGGCGGAAACACUUUUCCAGCAUGGAGCCUCCUGAGGCGCUGCACGUUAAGCCCGUUAAGUGCGGAUUCCGCGGAUGUCCGAGGAGCCGUCAAGUUCCGUUUGGAGGAACCGGUGUCUUGCGCGUGGGCGCUGCCACGCGACCUCCCGUUGGCGGCGGUCUCCCCUCGGCGGGCUGUCGCCUCCUCGCCAGACCAGGAAAGGCGCUGCUGCCUCCCCCGAACUGGUCCCCGUGACCGACCCCGUCUCAGUUCCUAAGGGAGGACAAACAGCACCCCACCUCUGCGCCGGCCCCCGCGAGCCCUCAGAGCUCCCCCGGGACCCCCUACCCGGCAGCCCACCCACCGGCGCGCCCAGCUCCUUACCUGAGGGUCCGGGUCACGCCGGGCCUCCUGAGAGGGUUGCGGUGUCAGCAGGACCUCCGCAUGUGUCAGCGUCUGUCCCUGGGGAGCAGGUAACCGGACUCCGGCAGUGCUGGGCUGCUGCGAGGGGGUGGGCACAGCGGCAGAGGGCUGAGGGACUGCGAAUUAAAGCCUUCCGGAGGGAGCUGAGGUGGCCAAGCCCAGGCAGCGCUCUGAGUGGGGGCGAGUGGGGCGGAGGUGGUUGUUGUGGUUAGGGGGCGGUUAAGUGAAGAUUUCUGGCUCUCGGGGAGGCUGGGAUGGGGAAUCCUGAGCUAGUGGGGCAAGAGGGCAAGAGUAGGAUGUGUCCUUGGGAGCCGCCUGGAGCUGGGCUUUCGACAGGGUGAGGCAGGGGCAGCAGGGGUCAGGGAUGUGGACUGAAGGGAAAAACACAAAACGGCCCGGCCCAGAUUCCAGGGCCCACGGGGGUGGUAAAUACCCACACUUUCCAAGAAACAGAAAAAAAAAUCAGACCAAUAAAAUAAUAGUAACUCAAUAAUAACUCUUCUCUCUCUCUCUCUCUCUCAAAAAAAAAAAAAAAAAAAGAGGAAAAAAGUUUGGCAGGAUGCCUCACAGGAAAAAAAAAUACUAAUCUGCCCAAGCACUUUUCACUUUGAGCAGGAGCUACAUUUGUCCGGUUUUCCUUCGCUUCCUUUUGGCCUCACAAAGCCCUACCUUUUCCUUUUGGACAGAAGAUAGGGCUUGGAGAUCAUCAGGCAUCUUUGUGGUCAGUGAUCCACUUUGAGGGACGGAGGGAUUCAUGGUUAGUCAGGGCUUGGGAGCCUCCAAAGGACCCACAUGGGGUGCAAAUAACAGAACUGCAAAAUAACAGGCACACAAAGGGGGUGCUUAGCCUAAAGGCACUAUUGGAAUCCUGAAAUUUGAAACCUUGUGAGAAUGUAUACUUUACCUUCUGAGAAAACCUGAACGUGAUUAUUUCAGGUGAAAAUGAGAUUUUGGUGGAGGGAGGAAAAAAAAGAUCUUCAAGAUUUUCUACAGUGGAGGAAAACAUAACUUAAAAUAACUCUGUUUUUUUGGAAAGAGUUCAGUGGUGUUCAAAAUCUGUAUCUGUAGAAGACUUGAAACCCUUUUAGAUUUUCUAAGAAGCAAAGCUAAUUAAAUAAGUAGAUAUUCCAGGGCUUUGUAGAAAAAUUGUAGCAAAAUUCUGCUUGAAUUGCAAAUAUUAUCUCUAAAUCUUGAAUGAAACCAUGUUACUAGUUGCACAGAUCAAAUUUUUCAUUUUAUGAAAUUGAUUCUAAAUUACAGUAUGAGGUAAGGUUAAAGAAAUAAAAAUGGGUGUUUUUCCAUGAUAAACACUUUGUAAGUCAUUAUAAUAAUUUUUUCUUAAAUAAAUAAUAAAAGUGAGUCGUUGUAUGCUUUAAAACUUGAGAAUUCAUUUUGUUUAAGAUCACAUCUUUGAAAUAAAAUCCUAUUACUGAACAAAGUUUUUAUUAAGUUAUUUGCAAUCUCAUACAUGUCAUACACUUAAGAAUGCAAAUUGUUACAUUUUAUAUUCAUAUAAAUUAUUGGAGCACUACAAAUCAUUGGUUGUACUUUAAUCUAGAGACACAGAUGGGGAUCCUCCAUUUUUCAUAACUGCUCAUAUCCAUGCUUUUUCAAACAAGAUUUACUUGCUAGUAAGUAACAUGUCUAUGCAAUCCAGAAAUAGGCACCAAUGAAUAGCCAUAGGAAACAGCACACAGUGGCAAGAAUUUAUUUGAGUAAAUAGUUUAAAACAUACUAAGGUGUAAAUAUCUUUAAAAUUAAAACAAGUGUCUUUUGUACAUUGGAUUGUGUUUUUAUUUACUAAGUUUGACAACAACCAUUACUGGAUUAGAAAUUUCAUGAUUUAGGUUACUAGAUUAUUUGAGUAAAAAGCAAAUAUGGAAAUUUUAUUGAAUUAAGUGAAUGUCCAGUGUGAACUCUCCACUUCUUGUUCUGAUGUUUCUUACCUUUUAUGUUAAUUUACCAUUGUUCACUCUCCCUGUUACCCUAAGAUCCCUACUGGUUAGAGAUUUAGAACCAAGAAAAUUUUACAAUGAUGUAUAUAAAAUUAGUAAAUUCCAUCUUGUCUUAGUUUAUGGACAGCUUCCUCUGUGGGUAACAGGUUGUCAUAAAAAAUUUGUGCACAGUUUAGAAACUGUGAACCAAAUUCCAACUCUUAUUUAGGAGUUUUCUAUGAAUAAGCACAUAGCAUUCAAGAGAAAUGAUGUUAACCAGUAUUUUCAUACCACAUAUGAGAUAUACUGUAGUUAAAUCAUCUUACAGGUUUUCAAGAAUUAGAAUUUAAGGAUUCCAAAAACGGCAUUGUAGCUGACACUAAUGUAUUUCAUGAAUAAACAUUUUCAUAGCAUAUAGCUGUAAAACUUUGUUGUCACCUAAAUUAAAGUAAAAUCUAAAACUCUGAUCUACAAUGUUUAAUCUUGUAACUUAUUAUGCAAUAGUAAUUAUAUAGUACUUGUCUAAUUCUAAAUUUUCUCUGGUUUAUUCUACUUGAAUUUAUAAAAUCUCUUUUUAAGAAACUUGGAAAUGAGGUUUUGCUGUAAUCUGCUACACAAUUGUUUUAAUUGGUGGUCCAUGUAAAUGUAUGCUUUUGUCUAUAAAAUUCUCCUGUUUAUUAUUUCGAUAAAAACAUUUCUGGUUUAUUAACUUUGAAACAAGUUACCCUACUUUUUAGCCUGAUUUGCUUGUGUGUGCAAAUGUUAUCUUGUUGAGUAAUUGCCAUGAAAAACUGUUACUUGAACAGAAAGAGUGUAAUAUAGGGCAGUGCAUGUUAAUGCAUUCUCCCACCCUCCUCAGGCAGUUCCAAGAUAGUUCCUUGGGUAUUUUCCUUUCCUAAAACACAAUAUUGAAUGCUAAAUAUCCUAAGGGAAAAAAAAAAUCAACAUUUUAAAUCAACUUUUUCAAUUGCAAAAUUCUAAACUUGCAAUGAUUUUUAAAAUUCGGUCUUCUACAUAAAUUAUUUCCUGUCAAUUUGAAAAUUACCUGAUAUGUACUGUGAGGGAAAAAAAUAUACCAGGUAGUAGCUUAUACAAUUUAAGGAGAGAAAAACAGACAUUAUUAUCUUCUGCAACAAUCUGUUUCCAUGGGUUCUACUAGUCUAUAAUUAUCCCUGUGCAACAUGUCAGUACCAUACUCAUAUUUGUAUAAUUGUCCUCAUCUUUUCUAGGUUUUUCCCUUUUGAAAGACACCCGUAUCUUCUUUUUUCUCCAUGUAUGUGUGUGUGAAUACCGCAGAUUGGCCUACCUGAGGUCUAGUCAGCGGGUGACCACUUCUUUCUUCUGCCACAUAACCCCAAGCUCUAUUCUGGUGGUAUCCAGAAGUGGCCCAGUAGCCAAGUCAUAUCUGAGCAGCUGGGUCAGGAGAGGAUUCUAGCUUCCUCUAGCAUCUUCUUUUAAGAAGUGAUUGGCCCAGAUGAAGUCUGGUCAUGAAGUCCCUCUAUUUCCUGGGUCUGCCACAUGACAAAAGGGAUUUGAAUUCAAGAGAGAUCCAGAUCUGCUUGCCAGUUGAUGAUCAACUGAGUGUUCAUGUCGAUGAAGGUGGAUGGGCUUGUCUGGCCUGCAAAGAGAAAUGGAUUAUUUGGAAGAUUUCUCUGUCACCUAUUACUAAGAAAAGAUUUCGGUCAUGCUCAGAUGAUGGUUGAUGAGCUGUUUUCCUCUCACGCUGAUCUGGGUUCUGAUUGUGAACUAGACAAGGCUGUUACCCAAAUCAGCGUAGACCUGAUGGAUGACUAUCCAGCUUCUGACCCACCAUGGGCUGAAUCUGUCCCAGAAGAAGCACCUGGGUUCAGCAACACAUCACUGAUUAUUCUUCACCAGCUGGAAGAUAAGAUGAAAGCCCAUUCUUUCCUUAUGGACUUUAUUCAUCAAGUGUCCCAAGUAGAUACUAUCUGUGAGUGUUUACUGGAGCACGAGGAGCAAGUCUUGAAGGACGCAGCACUGGAUUCUGUGGAAUGGGCUGAAGUGGUGAUCAGCGUGAACAAUAUUCUUAAGGCUGCUAAUCAUUAUCGCCAAAAUAGAAACUCCUUGUAUAGGAGAGAAGCACUAGAAAAAGGACCUGAAUAUGUUCCUUGGGCAGAAGUCUGGUGUCUCCUGCUUUUGAAAUGCUUUGGCUCAGCUUCCACAACAGACCUGAGUGUGAAGGAUCGAAUUGCAGCCAAGCCAGGUACAUUGAUUCAGCAUGGCUGCCCUGGACAUGACCUAUUGCAUUCAAGUUGCUUGAACACAUCAGAAGUCCCAUUGCUAAGGUUGAUUAAUUGAAAUUUAUAUGUUACCAUGAAUAAAAAUUGUUUUUAUGUGGAACAUCA